AUGGGUUUGUUUUCUAACAAUUGCUGGUUGAAAGAAGAAGACAUUGAGGAUGUUGUUCAAAACGGGUGGAAGCAUGGGGAGAGCCACAAUGUCAUGCAACGUAUUGGUUCAUGUACGGAAGAACUGGAAAAUUGGAAUAGAGUGAGAUAUAGUAGGAAGAAGGACGAGCUAAAGAGACAUAAGGAAAUUGUGGAAAGGUAUCGUAGGAACCAUGAUUUGGAGUCUAUGUCCCGAUUUCUCGAAGCACAAAAGGAGUAUAAUAAGAUGUUUGUUGGGGAAGAUACUUAUUGGAAACAAAGAGAUAAGAUGCAUUGGUUACAGGUCGAUGACCUCAAUAUGAAGUUAUUUCAUUUAACCGCUAUGACUAGAAAGAACUUCCAAAAGAUCGACAUGAAAGAACUUCGGAAUGUGUGA